AUGUUUGAGUCGCCAAGAAGUCUACAAGAGGUUUGUGUUGACUUUAUUUGUGAUAACGUUUUAGCGCUUUGUGAAUUUCAUUCAAGUAAUUCCGGACGUACAAAUUUCAAUCCAAUUUUAACAGCAAGUUCAGAAGAAGAGCCAUUUAUUGAGAACACCACCGAUGAUAAUAGUUUAGCAGUAACUACAUCAUCAAUAGCUUCAUCAGUAAAUGAUAUCAAUUUUUGUUCCUUAACGAGACUGAAUUUCAAGGAUCCAGAUAUUUUUUUGCCAACUCAGAUUUCUGAGCAAUUAUUAGCUUCUCUUUGUGAAAAAAAAGCCUUAUCUGAUCUCACAAUAACUUUAUUUGAUUCAAAAACGACCAUAUUGAGACACGUAAGGCUCAAAGAUGCUUCGAGACUUUCUGUUAAAGGUUUAAAAGUUCUUAAACAACAUAAAAUUAUUGAUUUAGAAGUUAAUGGACUUAGGAUUACCAUCAAUGAUUUAAUAGGAUGUCUUGGACAAUGGAGCUUAAAUAAUCUUAGAUCAUUAAGUGUUGUUAAAGGAAGCUUUAUAGAUUGUUCUCGAGUUUGUGUAUUUAUGGCAUUAAGUAAAUUACGAGCUCUUCACACAUUAAAUGUUUCUGGAACAGAGUUUAACAAACAUGGGUUAGAGAUAAUUGUUGAAGAUUUGCCUUUAUUAGAGAGUCUGGAUAUUUCAGAUACACGAGUAGAUGACAUCACACCGUUAAAAAGAUGUAAAAAUCGUUUGAAAAGUCUUGCUAUGUAUAAACUCAGAAUCACUGGAUAUGGAAAUCUCAAAACUGUUUUUUCGGAACUUGAUUCACUUAGAAACCUUGAUAUUUCUGAUGAGCAAGAUUCGAACUCGUUCGAGAUGUUUGCUCCUAUUCGAUCAAAGAUAACAGACCUACUGCGAGCAGUUAAUUGCAUGCCAUAUCUUACUCGCCUAGAUAUUUCUGGAAAAGACGAAAUCGAAGUAAAAGAUCUUAAAGAAUUUUUGAAGAAUCACCCACAUUUGGAAUUUUUGGGACUUGUGCACUCAAACAUUUGUUAUGAAGAUAGUUUAAUUAAUCCCGCAAAUAAAGAUUACAGACCAGGAUUGAUUGUGAGCGGUAUGGCUACAGAAGCUCAAAUUCUAGAAGCUUUGCGAAGAUAUCCGCAUAGACCAACAUAUGUGCAAAAAUGUUUGUACAAUCUAUUUCGGUUGACUCCACACUUUAGUGAGCCACGAGUUGAUGUGAUAAAACUUGUGAUACCAGGUAUGAGAGCUCAUCCAGAAGAGUUUAAAGUACAGAUGGCUGCGACAGCUUGUCUUUAUAACUUAACUAAAGGUGAAUUAGCUACGAAGAUACAUCCGUUUAUUCUUAAACAAAUAGUUGAUUUAACACUCACAGCUAUGGAGUCUUAUCCUAAUCAUUAUCAAUUGCAAAAAAAUACUCUAUUAACUUUAUGUAGCGAUCGAAUUUUACAGGAUGUUCCUGAUCAGGAUGAAGACCACCAAAAUCUUCUAGGGGAGUUGAAUGAACAAUGCAAUCUUUAUUCACUCCCAGUUCAACUCCAAAAAUACGAUUGGCAUACGGUCCAGUAA